AUGGAACUGAAAAUUAAGUCAAACUUGUUUAUUAAUAUUGUAAUGUUUAUCCUUUUAACUUGGAUAUGCCAUUUUUACAGUGAUGUGAGCAUAUUUAAUUAUCCUUUGGAGCAGAAGAAUAAAAUUUGUAAAAAAUCUGAUAUAAGAAAUUAUCGAAUACUAGCAAGGUAUAAACAGGGAAUUGGUUCAAAUGCAGUGGGGUUAAAAGGAAAAAUACCAAAUAAUAAAGAAUACGAAAAUAACAAACAAUCUCAUGUAUGCCCGUCAAUUAAUGUAGGUGGCCAUGAUCGCUCUAAUGAAAGUAAAUCUUCUGUAAACUAUAGAAGAAAUGCAUAUAAUAAAAAAAGGUUGGUAGAUAAAAUAUAUUAUAUAAAUAAAGUUAGGAAUUCUGCAAAUCUUGACAUUGAGAAUUUAAAAAGGAGUGUACAUUAUAAAUAUAUUUUAUUUAUUGCUUUUUGUGCCACACUUGCAUCUCUUGGUGUGAUUUUAAGUUAUUAUUUAAGGAAUAAAGGAUCUCUAAUUCCAUUAUUUUCAGAGAUAGCUGUAAGUGUAGCAGAAGUUACGGUUUUUUCAGCAUUCACCUUUAUGAUUUUUUUUACAUUUAUUUAUGUGUUCUGGAAAGUUGGAAAGAAAUAUAAGUUAAGGUAUUUAAAAAGUAAAUUAAACAGAACGAAAUAUCCUAUAUUCAUCUAA